UGAUUAUCCUGCAAAACCAGGAACAUCAAACACUGAACAAUUCCAUUCUAUGGCAGAGAAGGAACAACUGGUUGACUCUUCUGUUGAUGUUACAGUAGGUCAGCAAAUCAUUGAACAUCAAACCUUUCCAGUAGUACCAAACACUAUGCAACCAACUUUCAUGACAGAAGAUGAUGAAUUUGGCGAUUCUUCCAUUGAUGGUUUAGUAUAUAUAUCAUCAAUUGAAAAUUCGGCCAUUACAUCACAGAAAUCUGAACCGACCCAUUCCAUGAUAGAAGCUGACGAUUUUGAUGAAUCUUCUGUUGAUGGCACAGUAGAUCUGUCUGCAACUGAAAAUACG